CUGGGCUAUUCGGUUUACCGGCGCGUCAUAGGCUAUUACUCAGGUGGAGUCAAACCAGGGGAAGAGGAUGCAUUUGGUGAGCUAAAGUCUUGGUACAUGUCGCAUUUCACUGAUGCACACGGAACGACAGACAUGAGAAAAGCAUUAUCGCGAGACGUAAAGCAGCAGAGCGUGCGCGCCAACGGCAGAGACCACAGAGUCUCCCCGAGCGAAUGCUGGACAUGAUGGUGCCAAAGACCUUGUUGUCGUCGCUAAAUGUGGUUGUUGUAUUGCCUAGAGCUUCGUCUGUCGUCCGAAAAUGAGCUCACGCAUCAUUAGAUGCACAAAAUAGGCGCGCCCGAGAAAUCCCUAGCCGGCCCACAGGCAAAGCAUCACUGGUCUCGGCGCAACGUUGACUGAGCGACCUCAAUAUGGAUGUCCACGAUCCCAUUCAUGAUCUAGCGAGGCUCUCAGGCCUCAAAGAAACCGAUCUGAGCCCGCAUGUGCCCAGCAUACCAAGAACAGCCGACGGCAACCCGUCACUGGCGAGCGCCUUUUUAUCUCAGCAAGACCUCAGCAUAUGGUCUGAACAGUCCAGAGUGCCAGGAUCCGUCAUUCCGGACCAGACCGAUCUGGUUCGGGGCGAUCCUGACCUCGACGGGAACCCGACGAUGCAAAGUGCGACCAGCCAAGCCGCGCCCGAGAGCCAAGACGGGCAAGAUUCGCUCGCGACGCCAAAGACGCCAAAGCGAGUGCGCCAUAGACGGAGAACUCCGCCGCCCGUGUCGGUGAUCAGCAGCUUGGACGUCACCUUUGACGACGAGCCGAUAGAGUAUGCACCCGUGAAGCCCACCCAUCGCAACCGCAAAAAGCCAACGGGCAGAAUGUCGUCACAGCAAAGUGGCCCUGCGGUCGAAGGUGGCGCAAGAGCGGUCCUCAUCAGAGAUGCCAAAGACCAGGCCAACGAGGGUAUAUCAUCCAGUCUUGAUGCGCUUACCGGCCGCAAGGAGAAAUCGCUCGCAGAGCAGCUGAUCGGACGAAUUCAUACGUCUCGCCACGGCGGUGUGGCAGCAGACUUUGCUCCGCCCGUCAAUUUUGAGACCAUUCGCACCAUCACACCCAGGGAAGAGACCGUGUCAGCAGGCGAGAAGAAUCGGCUGUUCGGUCUCGCCGAAGCGCCAACGUAUUAUCCGACACAAGACGAGUUCCAGGAUCCGCUCAAGUACAUCGAAUCACUGAGCAAGAUUGCAUCUCAGUACGGUAUCUGCAAAGUCGUCCCGCCUGAAGGCUGGAAGCCCACGUUCAGCAUUCCUACAGAAACGUUCAGAUUCAAGACUCGCUUGCAACGCCUAAAUGCGCUCGAGGCUUCUGCAAGAGCCAAUCUCAACUUCCUUGAGCAGCUUUACAUCUUUCACAAGCAGCGAGAGUGUGCCAAGGUUCGCCUGACAUCUCUGCCGACCGUCAACAGAAGGCCAGUCAAUCUAUUCCUGCUUCAAAAAGCCGUCAGUAGUAGGGGUGGCUUUGACAUCGUGUCACGAGAUCGAAAAUGGCAAGAAGUCUCGCUAGCCAUCGGAAUCGAUCCAAAAUCGACUUCGGCCACUUCCGCGCUGAAAGCCACCUAUGCGAAGCUCAUUUGCCCCUUUGAAGAACAUGUCGAGCUCGUCAAGACGACGUCAGCGAAGAAGACCCCCGUUCAGCUACUGACGCCCGUCGCAAGCACUUCGACUUCGCCUGCUACGCCACUCCGACGAAAGACACGCUCACUUGGUCCUGUACCAGAGGUGCCCAUCUUCAAGGACUUUGUCAAGCCCGUUGCAGAGGACACACUGAAGGCAGAAGAAGUCUUGGAUGAAGCCGACAUCGCUAUUGGCCUGCCGCUACACGAUCUACCCCCCGAGGAUGUCGGCGAUGCCUGCGAAACGUGUCAUGCAGACAACCGCGCGAGUAAGAUGCUGCUCUGCGACGAAUGCGAUCGAGGCUACCAUAUUCACUGCCUUACACCACCCCUCAAAAGUAUACCUAAGGGUCGAUGGAUCUGCAAAGAUUGCCUCAUGUCGACUGGUCGUGACUUUGGCUUCGAUGAGGGUGACGAGCACAGCUUUCAUAGCUUCAGACGGCGUGCAGACGAGUUCAAAUCUUUAUGGGUCAAGCGACAUCCGCCAGCCUAUAUGCAACCCGAGGGAGCAUCUCUCGAGCAGCCAGCUUCUAUCAAUGACAAAAUCCUCGCAGGUACGUACGAUGACCUCGACGGCGUGCCUAUAGAGGAAGAGGAAGGCUUCGAUGCGAAAUGGCUGAGAGAGUCCUCACUGGAUGGACUGCCGAUCGAUUCGUCCCGCACUGGGACGCCCGCCUGUCCCGAUCCCAUGCCAGCACCACGCGAACCUACACCACCACUCACCGCUCCGUUGCCCAUUGAUCUGGCACUUGAGGAUUACAUUGAGCGCGAAUUCUGGCGCCUCGUCGAGACUACGGACGAGACCGUCGAAGUCGAGUACGGCGCAGAUCUACACACUAACGACACAUCAAGUGGCUUCCCUGAGAAGCGUCGCAAUGCUAGAGAUCCAUACGCACGAGACGCAUGGAAUCUCAAUAAUAUUCCCACUGCACCUUCUUCUCUGCUCCGCCACAUCAGAGGCAACAUUUCUGGCAUGACCGUGCCGUGGCUCUAUGUCGGCAUGGUCUUCUCCACCUUUGCCUGGCAUAAGGAAGAUCACUACACUUAUAGCAUCAAUUAUCAGCACUGGGGCGACACAAAGACUUGGUAUGGCGUGCCAGGAGACGACGACAUCCACCUCGAAGCAGCUGUCAAGGCGGCCGCACCUGAGCUCUUCGAGCAACAGCCUGAUCUGAUGUUCCAGCUUGUCACUUUGAUGAGCCCAGGCCGCCUCAAAGAAGCCGGCGUACGAGUUUACGCCUGUGAUCAGCGCGCAAACGAGUUCGUCAUCACCUUUCCUCGAGCCUAUCACGCCGGCUUCAAUCAUGGUCUCAACGUCAACGAAGCGGUCAACUUUAGCUUGCCGUCUUGGCUGGCCGACGACCUGGCUUGUGUGACGCAUUAUCAGCAGUUACAGAAGCAUCCCGUGUUCUCGCAUGAUCAGCUUGUUUGUACCAUCGCUGAGCGUGACAGCACAGCCAGCAUGGCCUGUCAUCUGCGUCCCCUGAUUGACGAGAUGGUCUCGCGCGAGCUGCGACAUCGCGACUAUGCACGGCGAGCGUUCCAAACUCUCGGCGGACUCGUCGAGACAGUCGAUCCUUCACAUCGAGUCGAAGAUGACUAUCAGUGCCAGUCGUGCAAAUGCUUUGCUUAUCUCGGUACUCUCGUUUUCAUGCCGCCGAUCGAACCAGAAUAUGACGCGCCCGACUCGCCCCUGAGCAGCAUUGCCUCGAUGGACGAUGCCAGGUCCGAGCUCGAGACUGCCUUAGCUGGCACAGCCUCACUUUUCAUGCGCCCAACCAUCUCCGAUGCAGCUCUGCUGCCGAGCCUUCCCGUCGUUCCACGCUUGACCUUGGUUCAGUCGCUGAGCAGCAGCCGAGCCGACUCGCCUUUGACGGAGCUUUCGAGUGUGCCGCGGUCAGGCUCGAGUCGUUCUCGUUCGCGGCAGACAUCGAGCGCCCCUGGCCCACAAAAGCCAAAGAUUGUCUGGAAUGGUCCCAAAGUCUAUUGUGCUCGCCAUGCGCGAGCGCUCCUCAAAGCUCUGCCGGGUCUUGUGCCUACAUUCCGAUUACAUUAUUCCGACGAUGAGCUUCUAGGUAUACAAGCAAUGGUUCGUCAGCGCACACGGUCGAGCGAGCCAUUCCACGAAACAGACGCUUCGAGCGAGUCGUCUAUGCUGAGCGACGACUCGCAGAAAAGAAAGCGCGCACACUCAGACAGUGACACGUCCGUCGACAGUCAUUCGGACGAGAAGCGUGCCAGACUGCCCACGCCUGUUAGCCUGUGAUGAUCUCUGUACUAGUAACCACACAUUGUGUGCCGACCACCUCACGUAUCUGCAAUUAGUGCAAGCAUGCUCGCUAUGCAAACUAUGCCUACAACAGAAA